AUGAAAGACAAUGAAUCCAAUGAUACUGGGGGUGCGGAUGAUAAGGUGACGACGGCUGUGGCCUAUAUUGAAGAGCAGGAUGAACUUGAAAAAGAGGCCAAGGAAUUGAUGCCAUAUGAGCCCAAUGAGUGUACCUUCAAUCAGGGGCCGCUUCGCCAGCCUGUGUUUGCGUGUUUGACAUGUUCAAGAGACAAUAACGGCAAUGCUAUUGGAGUAUGUUAUUCGUGUUCCAUCCAGUGCCACUCAUCUCAUGAAAUAGUUGAGUUAUUCUCCAAGAGAAGUUUUGUGUGUGACUGUGGUACAACUCGAAUGUCCAAGUCCUUCAACGGUGCCUGUAAAGUCAGGAACAAGAUAGACCAUAGUGAUGAAUCUUUUCGACCACGGACCGGUUCUUCGUCUACACCAUCGCAUCGGUCAUGGGGCAGUGUGAGUAAUUUGGACUCGCCUGCUGAAGACGUUCCAGGAUCUAAUUCCUAUAACCACAACUACAAGGGCUUGUUUUGCAGUUGUGAGAAACCCUAUAAUCCUUUGGAAGAGACUGGGAAUAUGAUCCAAUGCUAUUUCGGAUUUGAGUGUGGUGAAGACUGGUACCAUGAAGAUUGUAUUUUGGGCUACACAAAGGAAGCUUUGAGCAAGUCCAAAGUCAAACCUGAGCCUCUGAAUCUAUUGAACAAUCUCCCCGAACCUGGUGAUGAGGCUGCUAAUGACAUUCUGGUGAAUACUACAUCCGAGCCAGGACUUGAGAGAGUUGUCCCACAUUUUCCCAAUCUCGAAGAUUUCGAUGUAUUUUUAUGCUGGAAAUGUGUGCUGGUGUUCUCCAAAGUAUUUGAUACUCUUGAAACUCAUGGUGAUAUUGUUCUUUGUUCAUUACCACACUUCAAAGACGUAAAGUCUGAGUCCGAAUGGGAAGCGUUGUUCGCUCAAUAUAAGGGAAAUGACGAAGGAGAACCAAGUUCCAAGAGAAUAAAAUUGGAGAGUUCAACCUCAGUGGUGCCUAAGCUGGUGUUUUUUAAAUUUGACUUCAGAGAUAACCUCAAGCAGCUUAAAGACACAACCACAGACGAUAAAAUCAAGAACUUUUUGAUCAAUCAUGACUAUCUUUACGAAUCUGAUCCCGUCUAUGAACCCCCAGAAGAUGACGAGUCUUCAUCUACUCUCGAACUCGGAGCUGAUGUACUUCUGUCUUUACCCAGAGAACAAGCUGUUGAGGGGUUACAAGCUUACAAUCAAAUUAGAUCGAAACUUAAAGACUUUUUCAAACCGUUUGCCGAACAAGGUAAGGUUGUGACUGAAAAAGAAGUGAGAAACUUCUUUUCUAAUAUCAAGAAAGAGGACAAAUGA